AUGGCGUUCUUCUUCUUGGGGUUCGUUAGCUCAAAGGUAAAGAUCGACACGCAUCGAGCCGUCCCAAUCAAAUGCCACACAAACGAGUCGGCAUCUUUAGCAGUGAAGUACUCCACAUUAGCCUUUGAAGAAUUGGUCACUGUCGGUAGCUCCAAGCCGGCCAACUUUGGAAACCACCGUCAAGGAGAGGUUGAAGUCGUCUCUCGUCCAUUCGGCGAGAGAUUCGCCCAACAGAGACCUAUUCUCGGCGCCAUACUUUGCCGUGGCCAGUGGGCCUUGUCACUGGUGGUUUUCAGCGCGCUGGAACAAAUGAGAAGUUCGCAUCGAGCAACGUUUAGCAAAGGAGAGCUGGGACUCAAAAAGGGGCAGAGUGGUCACGUGUGA